AUGGUAGUUGAUGCUAUCCAUGGAGAAAGAAAAGGAACGAAUAAAUAUUAUCCACCUGAUUUCGAUCCAGCUAAGCAUAGAAGUCUGAAUGCCUACCAUGGUGUUCAUGCUUUGCGGGAACGCGGUCGCAAGGCUGAUAAAGGAAUUAUCAUAAUCCGCUUUGAAAUGCCUUACAAUGCUUGGUGUUUGUCUUGCAAAAAGCCUAUUGGAAUGGGAGUUAGGUACAACGCAGAGAAGAAGAAGGUUGGCAUGUAUCACUCCACACCAAUAUUUCAAUUCUCCAUGAAUUGUGCAAUGUGUGCCGGCCGAAUAGUAAUGCAGACCGACCCGCAAAAUUUCGACUACGUCUGCGUCGAAGGUAUACGUCGAAAGAUCCAAACAUGGGAUCCAGAAGAGAACGAGCAGAUUGUCGUGCCAGACUUCAAAGAAAGGCAAAAACUCUCACUUGAUGCCAUGUAUCAGGUUGAACACAGUGUCAAAGAUAAAGAGAAGGCUGCUUUGUCGAAUCCAGCUCUUGCUGAACUAGAAGCAGACCGAGGAAGUUUUAAAGAUGACUUCGCCUUAAACUGCCUCGCUAGGAAGCAAUUUCGAGAAGCAAAGAGACUUCAAAAUGAUGCUGAUGCACGUGAUGAGACACUGCGAACUCGGUUGUCCCUCACGGGAGCGCAGAUUAAUAUUUUAGACGAGACCGACGAGGAUAGAACAAAAGCUAAGCUGUUAAGGCUUCAUCGCACACGUGGGUCCUAUUGCCAUCAUUACCCACCCUUAGAUCGCAGUGAACGUACAUCUGAACGACAAUUGUCUCUUGUCAAAAUUGGAAAGCUAUUGUUGUCCAAAAGAAAACUGGAGAAUAGCUGUGAUAUUCCUCUGACUCAACGGCGUGUCGAACGACACUAUCUCGUGAAACGGUCUGGCAUCCUUGGCAUCAGUGCGAAACAGUCCCGAACAUCAUCAUUACCGCACGAAACAUUGCCUCAAGCUCCUCAUAAAAGCACACGAAAGGUAACUAACCAAGUCGAUGAAGUCUCAUCCAAAGAAUUAACUACCAAUGAAGAACCAAUCCCGAGCCUCGUCCCCUACAAUGACAGUGAAUGA